CAAAGAUUUUGUAACGAUAUAAAACGGCUCCCUGGUUCUCUCUCUUCACCUUCACAACAACUUUCUCUCUCUAUAAAUAUACAUAUACAUAUAUAUAUGCACCAGCUUCUCUGUAUCUGCUUAACCAAGCUUCUCCAAUGGCGGGUCUGCAUUCAUCGACCAGACCUUCCUCAUCAUCAUCAUCAUCUUCUUCUUCUUUUUCUUCAUUUUCAUCUUCUUCCCAAUCAUUCGCUUCUCGUAUUCUCUUGCUCUUAACUGUUCUUCCCUUCACUCUCGCUUGCUUCGCCUUUGUCCUCCAAUGGCGUGGAGGCCUCAACGAUCCGGUCACCCGAUGGUCUCCUGACCAACUCCAGUUUCCCGGUAUGGAAUCGUCGGAAUCAGUGUCUAGGAAUUCGCAUUCUUCAGGCUCUAAUUGUGUUGAUCCUUUGAGGCCGAAAGAUUCUCCCUCGUUUCCGUACUAUAAGGAUUGGAAAUUCGAUUAUGGCUCGGAUCUGAGGCCUAAGAUAUGUAUUACAACAAGUACAUCCGCUGGUUUACAGCAGAUAUUGCCCUGGAUUUUUUAUCAUAAAGUACUUGGAGUUUCGAAUUUUUUACUCUUUGUGGAAGGGAAGGCUGCCUCUCCUAAAGUAACUAAAGUGUUAGAAAGCAUUCCGGGUGUGAAAGUUAUAUACAGAACAAGGGAAUUAGAGGAGCAGCAAGCGAAAAGUCGGAUAUGGAAUGAGACUUGGCUGGCAAGCUUCUUCUAUAAGCCAUGUAAUUAUGAGUUGUUUGUGAAGCAAUCACUAAACAUGGAGAUGGCUAUUGUCAUGGCAAGGGAAGCUGGAAUGGAUUGGAUAUUCCAUCUAGAUACUGAUGAGCUGAUACACCCAGCUGGAACUCGGGAGUACUCAUUGAGACAACUGCUGUCUGAUGUGCCUGGAAAUGUUGAUAUGGUUAUUUUUCCAAAUUAUGAGAGUAGUGUGGAGCAUGAUGAUAUCAAGGAACCUUUCAGUGAGGUCUCAAUGUUCAAGAAGAACUAUGACCAUCUUCCGAAAGAUGUAUAUUUUGGAAAUUAUAAAGAAGCAACUCGCGGUAAUCCAAACUAUUUUUUGACCUAUGGAAAUGGGAAGUCAGCUGCUCGAAUUCAAGAUCAUCUCCGCCCCAAUGGUGCACACAGAUGGCACAACUAUAUGAAGACACCCCAUGAAAUCAAAUUGGAAGAGGCUGCUAUUUUGCAUUAUACGUAUACCAAAUUCUCUGAUUUGACUUCUAGACGUGAUCGAUGUGGCUGCAAGCCUACAAAGGAUGAUGUCAAAAGAUGCUUCAUGUUGGAAUUUGACAGAUCUGCAUUUAUAAUUGCUUCUACUGCAACAGAUGACGAAAUGCUUCGCUGGUACCGAGAACGCAUUGUAUGGACCGAUAAGGAACUAAACAUUAAACUUACAAGGAAAGGAAUCUUGACUAGGAUUUAUGCACCUAUGGUGAUCAUUCAAGGUUUGAGGGAGUCUGGUGUUUUCGCGUCUGUAAUUGAAUCAGCCGAGCAAGCCAGUCUUUCAAAAGAUAAGUUCUUAUCAUCAGCAGAAAGUAGCAAUCUCACUCGAACUGCAACUUCCACUGAUUCACUCACUUCAAGAAAGAUUGGCAAAGUAAAUGUUGAAUCAAUCGCGAGAAGGGUCUUGGAAUACACCGAAAAUUCUACUCACCACCCCUUGGCAAUCCCACCUCUAUCUCCUCCUGCCUUUGAAAAUUUCCAACUUGUUGCCUAGUCCACAAUGCAGACAGGCAAAUGACCACCGACCGAUCCUUUUAUCUCAUUGUUUCCAGCUUCCUGCUUUACGAAGCACCUAAUGUUUAUCGAAUUUUCCAGAGAAUAGAGAAGCACAGAUUGUGGCAGCUUAUGUGUUGAGGCAGGCAACACAUUGUUUGUUUUCAUGGGAUUCUUCCCGAUCACAUUAACCAAGCGCUGGUGUACAUUUCAGGUGUAGAUUAUAGCUUUUUUGUAGUGUUAGAACCGGUGUAGAUCGUAGAGGGCGGGAUUCAUGAUUAUGUUUCAGGCCAACAUAGAGCUUUGGUUGGUUAAAUUUGUCUGGUAUUUUCAGCUUCUAUUCUUUUGGUUACUCAUAAUUUUUUAUGUACACAUUAAGAAAAGGGGUAAAGCUGCUAUACUCAAUCCCCAUUCUCAACAGAAUAAAGGGAAAUAUAUGUUUCAAUAAUAAUCACUUUGUUUUUACAAUGCUUCAGCAAAUUUAGUAACAAAAAGUUCAUUUUUGGUUCA